GCCGCACUGUGCCGCUCACGGCACGAUGCCGCCAUUUUGUUUUAAAAAAAAUAAAGAAUUUGUUGUCCUAUAGACUGUACACAAGCUUAUAAUGGUCAUACCACACACCGUUCGAAAGCUGAGAACGUCAGCUUUCAUAUGAACCCAUCCUCAAAGAUCAACACUCUCCACACAGCUAACAGUGGGCUAAUCUUCUCUGUGUGUGAUGUCAUCAAAAUUGCAACCGAAAACGGGGUGUACUUACCUUUGAAAAUUUCUCAAUAUUCCCAACGAAUGUUUUAUGGUCCAAGAUUUCUUCUCUGAGUCAUCCAGUGUCCACAAUGUUGGAAUAUCCAGGCCAUUUACUUCAAAUCCUUGUGUUUUUGUGAUAAUCCCAAUGUUUCCUGGCUUCCUGCAUACGUUGUGUAAUUGUAUUUCUUCACUACAAGCGUCUUUGAAGACGAAGGAAUCCACUCCACCGCACGAAAUGCGCAAAACAGUGCCUGAAUGAUGUUCUCGAAGGUCUUAGCUUUUGAUUGACACCACCCACGAGCCAAUCGGAUCCUCCUAUGGAAAGUUACAGGCGAUUGAAGACCAAUAGGGCACUGCUAUUCAAAUCUGACCUCCCGUCUUUACCUCGCCAUUGGCGUAGGACAGUGAGAGUUUCGGGUUUCAUGAGUCACUGAAUAUUAUAGUUGAGAUUCAUAGCUUUCAAACGAGCUAUCACUCGACUGCCUUGGACUUACAGAGAACCACCCACUUGCUGUUUUCGAUGUUUGCGUAAUUGCUCGCGUAAACAGCAAGCUGUAGAGUUUUGAGAGGACGCACCGUUACGCGAGAGAACAGUAGACUUUACACAGACUUCGGAAGACAGCACGGGACAUACAGUUUGCGUACAGUCUUACAGACAGUCUACUGCGUGCAAAAUGUCUGGUAAGAAGGCAACGAGCAAGAAGAAGAAUGUUGCUGGCCCAACUAAGAUGACUGCUCAACAGGCAGCCGAAUGGAUUUUACAAUCCAGCGACGAAGAGUCCGACGCAGGGAGCAUGUCAUCGGUUGACUCUGUGGCAUUUUUGGAAGGACUCGAUCCAGCCUUGGAGAUAUCCUCUGAUGCAGACUGGCUCCCUGAACAGGAGGAGGAGGAGGGGGAGGAGGAGGAGAGCCAGGUGGAGAAAGAGGGGCAGAGAGUUGGUGAGGAGGAAGGAGACGAUCAACCAUCAGCCUCUUCGCCGGCUACCACCAGAGCAAGGAAGAGGAAAGCAGCGCAGCCAUCCAGCGCCACACCUGCCACCAAGAGAGGCAGAGGAAGAGGGAGAGGAAGAGGAAGAGGAAGAGGACAGGGAAGGCGACAGGAGCCAGAGGGAAAUGGUCAGCCAUGGCAGGGGAUGGACGUGGAUGACAUCAUACCACCACAACCAUCAUUCAACCCCGCUCGCGCUCCAGGGCCCCAGGUCGUGGGGGGGGUGCAAUACACCAUACUGCAACUCUUCAUGCUCUUCAUGACAAGAAACACCCUACAGACAAUAGUAAAUCACUCUAACAUAUAUGGACAAAGGAACCACCCUCAUAGAUGGCAUCAGAUGUCCCUGGAGGAUCUGCUUUCAUAUAUUGGUAUGGUGAUUUACAUGGGCCUAGUUGGGGCCAAGUCUGUAAGGGACUACUGGGCGAAGAACGAACUUUACAAUUUCCCCUUCCCCACAUCUAUGUUGUCCGGGAGAAGAUUUGCAGCUGUCUCCAGCAUGCUGCAUAUUAGCCACCCAGACAGUGAUGCAGAGAAUGACAGGAGGAGGGGAACACAGGCCUACGAUCGUCUGUGCAAGAUCCGCCCUCUCUAUGACGAGAUUAGGACUGCGUGUAAAGCUCACUACCAUCCCCAACAACACAUUGCAGUGGAUGAAAGGAUGGUGAAAUCAAAAGCCCGCUCCAUCCUCCGCCAGUAUAUGAAAGACAAGCCCACUAAGUGGGGGUAUAAACUUUUUGUGCUGGCAGAUUCAUCAAACGGAUACACAUGGGACUUUUUUGUAUAUGAGGGGAGAAACAUGGCACUUCAAAAGGGGCUCAGCUAUGAUUCAGUCAUGAAUCUCGUGGACACGCGUGUGCUUGGCCAGGGCUAUAAGCUCUAUGUGGACAACUUCUAUACUAGCCCUACCCUGUUCAAGGACCUCCUGGCCGAGAAGGUAUGGGCUUGUGGAACAAUUAGAGAACAGCGAAUAGGCUACCCGAGAAGACGUCCAGGAGCUCUCACCUCUCAGUCACCACGUGGUACCAUCCGCUGGAUAAGAGAUGAUCCCGUUCUUUUUGUCCAGUGGAAGGACACGAGGGACGUCCGCUUGUGCUCCACAAUGCACACAGCCCACAACCCACAGACCACCGUUCAGAGGAGGGUCAGAGGGACAGAUGGCCGGUGGCAGCUGAAGUCCAUCCCUGCCCCACCAGCUGUCACUGAUUAUAACAAACAUAUGGGGGGAGUGGACCUCUCUGAUGCCAUGAUCGGGUUUUACAACACCGUUCACAAGACCAGGAAGUGGCACAGGACGUUCUUCUAUCACUUUCUGGACAUUGCCAUCGUGAACGCCUUUGUACUUCAUUCCUGUAUGGCAGCAGAGAGGCAUGAGACCCCCCUUACACAGAAGGCGUUCCGGGAGGCCCUGGUGUUGGAGCUGAAGGCAGCGGGGUCACCUUCAACUGGCCCUCCUCCAUCACCUGCUCCAGCUCCCCAAGGUGCACAUCACAAACUGAGGCACUACACGGAAGAUGGCACAGCAGGGAGGCGGAGGUGUGUGAACUGUUCCCUGAAGAGCACCACAGAGUGCACUUCAUGCCAGGUAGUGCUGUGCUUUACGGUGAAGAGGGACUGCUACAAUGAGUGGCAUACAAAGAACAAUUUGUAGGACUCCCCCCUCCCCCUCACUUCUCUUUCUCUCACUCACACACACACACACACACACACACACACACACACACACACACACACACACACACACACACACACACACACACACACAAAGGGAAGAAAGAAUGAUGCUGGACUUCCGGACUGGAUUUCAUUUUCACACUUUUCAUUGCCACAUGGCAUGGUUUGCACCACACACACACACACACACACACACACACACACACACACACACACACACACACACACACACACACACACACACACUGUAUUAUACACUGUAUUAGUUUUGUAUUAUUAGUUAUAUUGAUAUUGUUAUGUUAUGUUCUUGUUUGUAUAUAGUUGAUUUUUUAAUUAUUUUAAAUAUUUUGCCUUUCUUAUUUCUACUAUUUUAUUAAAUACUUGUUCAUACUUCAAUUGUUUUAGCCUUUCUUUCAUCAAUACCCCAUAGACGUAAUAAGAAAAAAUGAUAUUUUUGAGUUUAUGCUUAUGCCAAUCAAAUCCAAAAUGUCUAGCACCCAAUCCAAGUCCAUGAUUGGAAGCCCCAAGAUGUUAGCUUUCAAUAGAAACCAGAACUGUGUUUCUAGCAUGUGGCAUUCUGAAGUUACAGGCUUUUGAUUCUGGUGUCCUUCUUACCUAUCCAAAAAGGUUCUUGGGCAUCACCAAAAGGUACCCAACAAAAGCGCAUGGGUAUACCAAGAGAAAAAAACCCAUAAAAUAUUCAUAGUUUGGUAUUUUUCUUCCAUUUCUUUUGCUGUUGGAAGCAGACACUUGUGUCUUUGGUCUCAAUGUAUCAUUACAGAGCUGACAGGUUGCUGGAGCUGUCAAUCUCAGUCAUUUUCAAGAAAAGAUGCUAUACGGGAACAAAAAAACUAUAUUUUUAUUCCAUUCAAACAACUGUAUUUCUCUGAUAGAACAUCAUAAAAUCAUACUGACACUUUAGGCAUAAACCUGAGAGUGUUACCUUUACAAUGGGUACAUGCACAUGCAUGUAUCUACAACCAUGUGGGAUCUGUGCUACUUUCAAAUUGGGUAUGCCAAUUUCGCAAAUGAAGUCUGAAAAAGGGGGUGC